AUGUCUUCUCCGGACGUGGCGAGGAGCUCCCCAGGAGGGAGCCGGGAGAUGGCCCCCACGCCGCGGAGCCGGGGCCGGUUCUGGGAAGUGGGCAGCGGCAACCGGCUGGAGCGCGCGGCGGCGGAGUCGGAUCGCUGGGAGCUGCUGCUCCGCCGCGGCGAGCUGCUGGCGCUGGGCGGCCACCUGAAGGGAGCGCUGGAGGCGUACGCGGCGGCGCUGCGCCGCGGGGCCCCGGUCAGGCCCGAGUGCCUCGGCACCCUGGUGGACUGCCUGGUGCUCAACUACCGGCUCCGCCACGGGCUGGGCUGGAGCGCGACCCUGGCAGCGGGCGCAGACCUCGGUGCCGGCGGGCUGCUCAGCUGCCUGGGCUGCCGGGGCUUCCUGAGUGAGCCGGUGACCGUGCCCUGUGGCCACAGCUACUGCCGUCGCUGCCUGCGGAGAGAGCUCCGUGCCCGCUGCCGCCUCUGCCGGGACCGGCUGCCGCCUGCCGCCGCCACUGAUGCUGAGGGCACCACCCCGCGGCCGCCGCCACUGGCCGCCGCCAUCGCCGCCUCGGGCUUCAGAACCAGCGUCGUCCUCAACCACCUGGCCGAGAAGUGGUUCCCGGGCCAGCGGGAGCGAGCCCGCGCGGCUGGCCGGCUCGGGGAGCUGCUGCACCAGGGGCGCUACCGGGAGGCCCUGGCCGCCGCCUGCGAGGCGCUGCGAGCAGAGCCCAGUGAUGUGACUCUAAAAAUUUACCGAGCGGAAUCAUAUGCUGGUCUCCAAGAGUUUAAAGCCGCCAUAGAAGAUUUAAAUGCAGUCCUCUUUCAACUGCCAAAUUGGCCUGAGGUCUACUUCAGGAAAGGAAAAGUACUCCAGGAUGCUGGUUUUUUAGGUGAUGCCUUACAGCUCUUUCUUCAGUGCUUAGCUCUGGAUGAGGAUUUUGCACCUGCAAAGCUAGAAGUGGAAAAGAUUUUAUGUGAUUUAUUAUCACCUGAGAACUUAAAAGAAGGCCUGAAGGACUCUUCCUGGAGCUCAUUGCCAUGUAGUAAAAACAAACAUUUUGGUUUUCCUUCAGUAAUGGAAGAGUCUCAUUCUGCCAGCGAGCUUAGUCCAGAGCAGAACGAAGAAGUACCAGAGGUCACGUCCGAGCUUAUCAGAGGAAGCUUAAACCGCACUUGGUCAGCACAGGCUAUAAAUUCAACAGAAAUGCCUGCCAGAGAGGACUGUUUAAAAAGAGUGUCCUCGGAGCCUUUACUCUCUGUUCAAGAAAAAGGUGCUCUGCUGAAAAGAAAGUUGUCUCUUUUAGACCAGGAUGUGAUUGUAGAUGAAGAUGGAAGAAACAAGCUUAAAAAACAAGGAGAAACUCGUAAUGAAGUCUGUACAUUUUCAUUAACUUCUGGUGACAUCCCAGAAGAAUUAAUCGAUGUCUCAGAUUUUGAGUGUUCUCUAUGCAUGAGGUUGUUUUUUGAGCCAGUAACAACCCCUUGUGGACACUCAUUCUGUAAGAAUUGCCUUGAGCGUUGUUUAGAUCAUACACCAUAUUGUCCUCUUUGCAAAGAAAGCUUAAAAGAGUAUCUAGCAGAUAGGAGGUACUGUGUCACACAGCUGUUGGAAGAAUUGAUAGUGAAGUAUCUGCCUGAUGAGCUGUCUGAGAGAAAAAAAAUAUAUGAUGAAGAAACUGCUGAGCUCUCACACUUGACCAAGAAUGUUCCAAUAUUUGUUUGCACUAUGGCCUACCCCACUGUGCCUUGCCCUCUUCAUGUGUUUGAGCCAAGAUACAGAUUGAUGAUUCGAAGAAGUAUGCAAACUGGGACUAAGCAAUUUGGAAUGUGUGUCAGUGACACACAAAAUAGUUUUGCAGAUUAUGGUUGUAUGUUACAAAUUAGGAAUGUACAUUUCUUACCUGAUGGAAGGUCUGUGGUUGAUACCGUUGGAGGAAAACGGUUUAGAGUUUUAAAAAGGGGAAUGAAAGAUGGAUAUUGCACUGCAGACAUUGAAUAUCUGGAAGAUGUGAAGGUUGAGAAUGAAGAGGAGAUCAAGAACCUCAGACAGCUUCAUGAUCUGGUCUACUCACAAGCCUGCAGCUGGUUUCAGAAUUUAAGAGACAGAUUUCGAAGCCAAAUUCUUCAGCACUUUGGCUCAAUGCCUGGGAGGGAGGAGAACCUUCAGGCAACCCCUAACGGACCGGCUUGGUGUUGGUGGCUCCUGGCCGUUCUCCCUGUAGAUCCCCGAUACCAGCUGUCUGUCUUGUCGAUGAAGUCUUUGAAAGAACGGUUGACAAAGAUACAGCAUAUACUGACCUAUUUUUCUAGAGACCAAUCUAAGUAAACUGACUGCUUGGAUCUUCCUUUAAAGUUACCCUGAUCUGGCUGUGCCGACGGCCGGGUUGUCUGCUGCCUUUUGCACAUCCAGUGCUGGUUUGAGAAAUGUAAGGAAACCUUUUUUUUUUUUUUUUUUCCCCUUCCUUCAACCUCCUGAAUCAUGUGGUUCUGCAAAUCAAUACCUUCAAGUAGGACGGAGACCACUAAGAACUUGCACAGAAAAACACGCACUGAAUGUGUGUCAGACCUCUACAUUGUCAUGAAGUUGCACUAUGUACCAUAUUCUAAAACGAAGCGAGACCCGUGUGUAUGUGGGGUGUGUGUGUGUGUGUGUGUGUGUGUGUGUGCGC